AUGAGCUACAAGUCUGAGGAGACGCACAAGGCAGUGCAGGCUACUCUUGAUGGCGUAACUUCCAACGCUGAGACUGGUGUCGCUGGCCUGGUAUUCGCAGCCAUCAACAAAGAUGGCGAUCUCAUCACGGCGAAUGCAUCCGGCAACCGCGGUCUGAACACAAAAGAGCCAAUGGAUCUGGAGACAACAUUCUGGAUUGCUAGCUGCACCAAGAUGAUCGCUACGAUUGCGGUCAUGCAGUUGGUCGAGCAGGGCAAGCUGGACCUCGACGAUCAUAAGCAACUAUACAAGCUCUGUCCGGAACUAGAGAAGGUGAAAGUAUUGACUGAUGAUGGAAAGUUGGAGGACAAGGAGGCUGAGAUUACAUUAAGAAUGUUGCUAUCGCAUACCGCAGGCUUCGGCUACGAGUUCUUCAACCCCAAACUUAGAGACUACGGCCGUCCCAUUGGCUUCGAUGUUUUCUCUGGAGACCCGGCCGAGGUCCUGAAGAUGCCGCUGGUGAAUCAACCAGGCAGUAGAUGGGAGUAUGGAAUCAAUAUUGACUGGGCGGGCAUAGCACUCGAAAGACAAACCGGCAUGACUCUGAACGAGUACAUGCAGCAAAACAUCUUCCAGCCUCUGGGCGUCAAGGACACAAACAUGUUCCCGACCAAAGAGAUGAAGUCCAACCUUGCUUCCAUGCACCAACGCUGGCCAGGUAGCCAGAAGGCUGCAGAAAGAGAUCAUGUAUACCGCGCACCUCUGGUCGCUGAGAGCAAAGAGCAGCAAAGCAGGAUCCUCAACAGCGGCGGCGCUGGUCUCUUCUCUCGUCCGACAGAAUAUAUCAAGGUGCUAGCCGUCUUGUUGAACGACGGCACAUGUCCCAAGACGAAGAAACAAAUUCUCAAGGCGGAGACUGUCAAGCAGAUGUUCGAGAACCAGAUCACGCAGAUGCCUGACUUUGGUCGUCGAGGCAUUCCUGACGCAAAGCCAGAGCACACCAAUCCGCUUGGUGAUUUGUAUCCUCAGGGCGAAGUCCCACAGGGUUGGUGCCUCAGUGCCAUGUUGACCAUCGAGCCUGGAGUCACAGGCCGAGGCAAGAAUACUGCCUUCUGGGCCGGCAUUGCAAACUUGUUCUGGUGGGUGGAUCGUGAGAAGGGUAUUGCUGGAAUGAUUGCCAGUCAGGUCAUGCCUUUCGGUGAUCCCAAUGUGAUGGGUGCUUGGUUCGGUGCAGAAGGGGCCGUGUAUGGUCAUUUGGGUGCGUAGGCGAUUUCCUGGUAGUUCUCUUGUCAGUUUAUCGUAAGCUGACUGCGUACCUUCUCUCCGAAAUGAAGUCUCUCCCAUUCCCUCUGCUAGGCUUUGAAUAUCAUUGAUGAAUGGCACAAAGGCUCUUUCGGUUGGAACUUGAUUUCAUGCGUGAAAAGGCAGUUCUCCACGGAGUCUGCACAGCUGAGAGCUAGGAAAGCCUUCUUUUGGUUGAGACGGCCGCUGCGAAGCCUCACGAGCCCAAUUAAUCGGUCUGGUUUGCAACAAAGCCCUCCUUUUCACCUGCC